AAUAACCGCAAGAGACGACGGACCACUGACAGCUAACUACUGGCUUCGAAAAUUAAAUCGCAAACGUUGGCCUUUUUCGCAUUUGAUUUCUCACAAUGGUACUUUUAAAAAACGCUUGUAAACUCAACAAACGAAUACCGUACUUAAAUCCCUACACCACGAAUCCCGUUUCGAAGCAAUCGAUACCGUUUCGCCGAUAUAGCAAUGUCCCCAGCCCUACCAGUAAAGGCAGUGGAAGAAAAGUACUACUGACGUUGGGGACUUUAACGAUAGCCGGCGGUGCCACCAUAGCCUACGCAGAAUACGAUCCGCAUUUUAGGAACAAAUUAAAACACUAUCUGCCAUUUACGGAACCAGUAUUCAAAACUUUAGAGGACGUCAGCCUUUCGAAACUGUACGAUAGUACGAAAGAACUUAUUGCGGGUGCUGUCGACGGCGGCGAGAAGCCGGAGUCUGAGGAGAAAAAUGCAAUAACAGUCCCGAAGGAAAAGAAAGCGCCCAUAGUAACGAUCGAGAAAGGAUUAGAGAAAGCUCAAGAAAUGAAGGUCGAACGGAAGAAUAAGAUCAAGACACAGGCAAAAGUGGACAUUGAUACUGUGGUCGAGCCGACGUCCGAUCGGAACGUCGCCGAUCUCGAACGAAAGCUCAACGUCGUAGCGGGCGAAGCUUUGAAAGCGUACGCGAGCGCUAUCGGCGCCCUCUCGAACUACAACCAUGACGUAGAACGCGUCAUCGACGAGGCCGUCGACGAAUCCGACCCGGCCAAAUGGGAAACUCUGCGGGAGCAAAACAAAACGAAGCGAGAGUCGAUCAACCGUGCGCGCACCAAAGCUUCGGAGGCUGUGGCCGCCAUAAACGAGCUCAAAGAGUUCGUUUCGCGUAAAGACUUUCCGGGUUCCGAGGUCCAACGUUCCGAAAUACAAAACAAAAUUUCCAAGGUGCAGUCGGAGGUGCAGGGGGCCGCCUCCAGGUUCGAGUCGGAGCUGAAACGGGGCCGCGUCGCGGAAACGUACUGGGACAAGGUGGAGAAGGCUCGGAAACACUUCUCCGAAGAGCUGGAGAUCUUGUUCCCCAAUGUGGACUUGGAGAAGAGGAAGCUAGCGGUGAACGAGGACGAGCUCGACCUGUUCCUGCUGCACGCCUACAACAACGUGCUGUUCUACCAGAAGGAACUGGCCAAAGUGGAGACUCUGUUACGGAACGCCGUCGAGGGGGCCCUGCAGGCGGCCAGGCUCGGCGACCAAGAGCCCCUGGUCGGUGCUAGGGUGCUCGAGGCGGUGGAGAGGGAGAGGAGGAAGUUGGCGGCUCACUUUCAGCAGCAGGUGCUGAAGCUGAGGAAAGAGAGCGAAUCGGAGCUGAGGAAUCAGCUGAAGCGGCAGUCGCAGACGUUCAACGACCACCUAGGUGACGCGGUCGGCGUGAGGGGGGCGGAGAUCGAGAGGCAGCUGGCGCUGAAGUUCGACGAGGCGCUGGAGGCGGAGCGGUUGCGGUUCAAGACGCAGCUGGCCGCCAUUACCGGGAAGCUGCGCGGCCUCGACGACGCCGUCAAAGCUAGAAACGAGGCGGACUCCGCGUCCAAACAGGCCCAAGUGUUGUGGAGCGCUUGCCAGUCCCUCUCGCGCACCAUAAGGGCGGGCCUGCCCGGAAUACCUUGGAAGGAGCAAAUCAGACCGCUCGAACCGGAACUAAGAGCGGUCCUUCGAGCCGCAGCCACCAACGACGAGCUGGUGUCCGUCGUCGUCGAGACCAUCCCUAGGGAGGCGAGGGAGAGGGGAGUUUACCCGGAGGACGCGUUAAGAGAGAGAUUCCUGGAAGUCGCCAAGACUGCGCGGCAGGUGGCGCUGGUGCCAGCCGAAGGUGCAGCCCUACCCGUGCACAUCCUCUCGUACUUGGAGUCGCUGCUGCUGAUAAAAUCGGCGAAUCCAAUCACUUCCGGCGAAUUGAAGGACGAACCUACCGAUUACGGCGACCUGGACACGAACGACAUCCUGCAACGAGCCAGGUUUUGGUUGGACAGGGGCGAUUUCGCGCAGACGCUGAAGUAUAUGAACCUAUUGCGAGGCGCACCGAGACGCGUGGCCAGUCAAUGGAUGAAGGAAGCUAGGAUAUUGCUGGAGGCGCAGCAGGCCGCCAACACGCUGAUGGCUCACGCCGCCUCCAGCGGUUUGGUGUAUUUAUAAUGCCGUCACCGUCAAAUAGUGUAUUUAAAUAAAUCGUCGAGUCGUU